UUCAAGCGACGGUCGGCCGUGGACGAUAUGCUGAGCAAGAACAUCACGCUCAUCCUGGAGAACCUGCUGAAGCGCUACGAAAACUCGCAGAUCCCGACGCACGGCCAGGGUGUGCCGACGGUGGUCCAGACCAACAUCCUGAUCCGCAGCAUGGGUCCGGUCUCGGAGCUCGACAUGGACUACUCGAUGGACUGCUACUUCCGGCAGUACUGGCGCGACAAGCGGCUCAGCUUCCACGGGCCGAUCAAGAGCCUGUCGCUGAGCAUCAAGAUGCUGGAGCGCAUCUGGCGGCCGGACACCUACUUCUACAACGGUAAGCACUCGCACGUCCACACGAUCACCGUGCCGAACAAGCUGCUGCGCCUGAGCCAGGACGGCGAGAUCCUGUACUCGAUGCGGCUCACGAUCAAGGCGUCCUGCCUGAUGCAGCUGCGCAGCUUCCCGAUGGACCGCCAGUCGUGCCCGCUGGUGCUCGGCAGCUACGCCUACUCCCGCCAGCAGCUGGUGUACCGGUGGAAGAACGAGGACUCGGUCAACUUCGUGCCCGGCAUGACGCUCAGCCAGUUCGACCUGAUCAGCUUCGGGCAGAAGAACUACACGUUCAUACGGCGCGAGGGCGAGUUCUCGGUCCUGCACGUCUCGUUCAACCUGCAGCGCCACACCGGCUACUUCCUCAUCCAGGUGUACGUGCCCUGCAUCCUGAUCGUCGUCCUGUCGUGGGUCUCGUUCUGGAUCCACCGGGAAGCGACCAGCGAUCGGGUCGGCCUCGGGAUCACCACCGUGCUGACGCUGUCCACCAUCAGCCUGGACUCGCGGACCGACCUGCCGAAGGUGCGGUACGCCACCGCCCUCGACUGGUUCCUGCUGAUGAGCUUCUUCUACUGCAUCGCCACCCUGCUAGAGUUCGCCGGAGUGCAUUACUUCACCAAGGUUGGCAGUGGCGAGAUACCGCUCGACGAGGAAGAAUGGGAAGAUCUGGAGAACCUGGACGAGAUCCACCCGGACAAGCCCGGGCUGACGGUGGCCGCCGCUGCCGCUGCCCAUCUGCUGGCCACCAGCAACAGCAACGACUCGCCCCGGUUGAUCGCGGCCCGGCGCCGCAGCUCGCUCAUCUGCCCGAUCUACAACGACCCGACGCACAUGUUCAAGCCGACGUCAUCGCACCUGUCGACGAUGGAGCGCACGACCCAGACGGAACCACCGAAGGAACCGACCUGGAAGCAGAUCUGGCUGUGCUUCCUCGGUGACGAUCAGUUCCGCCGUCGCCGGCAACGCGAAGCGUCCAAAGGUGGAGGCAACCGGCACAUCAACAGUGUGUCGCUCAUCGACCAGGCGGCCCGCAUCCUGUUCCCGACCUCCUUCACCUUCUUCAACAUCCUCUACUGGCUCGUCUACUACACCUACCAGGCGGACUUCACCUGGAGCCCCCUGAAGGAGGUGUGA